CAACAGAAUCGAACAUUUACAUACUAUUUGACAGUUUGACUCAUCUCUCUCUCAUCGACCAACUCAUUAUUCGAAUUUUCCAGAACCCACUCUCAAAGUUCUUCUAGAUCCUUCUCUCCCCAAUCUUUUACUUACUCACCUCAAUUCUCUCUUCACCUACGCAUUUCAACAAACACUUUCAUUUUUCACCUACGCAUUUUCACAAACACCUUGAUCUCAAUGGCACAAGACACCACCGUCACAGUCUACAACACCACCGUAAUCACCGAUCCAAUCCAAAACCCAUACUCAUUCAAAUUAGCCCUCGCACAAACCCUCCGCGGCGGUGCAAUUCUCCAUGUCACCAAUCUCCGUCAAGCCAAAAUCGCCGAACAAGCCGGUGCCUGCGCCGUCAUAGUUUCCGACCAAUCACGCAUGACUGAUCCUUCCUUAAUCAAAUCCAUCAAACAAACCGUUUCAAUUCCCGUCAUCUCACCCGCUAGAAUCGGCCAUUUCGUUGAAGCACAAAUCCUCGAAGCCGUCGGCGUCGAUUACAUCGACGAAAACGAAUCUCUUUCUCCCGCCGACGAUCAGAAUUUCAUCAACAAACAUAAUUUCCGAACACCGUUCAUUAGUGGGGCCCGCGACCUCGGCGAAGCGCUUCGUAGAAUUAGAGAAGGUGCAGCAAUGAUAAGGAUUCAAGGAGAGUUAACAAAUUUAGGUAAUGUUUCAGAAACCGUGACGCACGUAAGGUGUUUGAUGAAAGAAUUGAGGGUUCUUAGUAAUAUGGAUGAGGAUGAAGUUUUCACUUUUGCGAAGAAAAUUGAAGCGCCUUAUGAUCUUGUUGCACAAACGAAACAAAUGGGUAGACUUCCUGUUGUGCAUUUUGCUGCCGGCGGGAUUGUGACACCCGCCGACGCAGCUUUGAUGAUGCAAUUGGGUUGUCAUGGUGUGUUUGUGGGAUCAGAAGUUUUUGGUUAUGAAGAUUGUUUUAAACGUGUUAAAGGUAUUGUUCAAGCUGUUAGGAAUUAUAAUGAUCCUCAUGUUUUGGUUGAAACUAUGAUGGGUCUUAAUCUUGGUGGUGAUAGGAUUGAGAAUGAAUGAGUCAUUUUGUGCUGAAAAAGUUUAAGCUUUUUUGGUAACAUUGUUAUAUUUUAUUGUUACUCUGUUGUGUUAUUAUUAUCAUCAUUAUUGUACAAUAAGAAUAAUAGCAUUAAUGUUUUUGUAUCAAUGAGGAUUUUGUAUGUAAUUAAGCGAAUGAUAUAAUAUGAGUCUUUUUCUUCUUCUGAA